CCUGCCUUGACAAUUAUUAUUUUCCCUUCGCAUAGUAAACACCGCACUUAAUUCCUCCACUGAAAAGCGAUCGAUUAAAAAAGCUGGCUAUCCAGCCACCACCUAGUAAACAUGAAGAAUUCAUCGUCUCAGUUUAAGCGAGCUAAAUCUUUAAAAGAUGGCGAAAUGAACGGAGUGAAUGGAGAGUCCCCUCUGCACAAUUUCGUCAAAGCGAAGCAGAAGAUAAACGCUAUAUUUGGGGACAUCAAAGAGUAUCUUGAAGACUGUAACAAAUUCUUAGCUGAUUUCAGAAUAGCUGAUGAAAAUGAACACGACAUCAAGAAGUUCUCAAGCGAGGUGUCAGGCUUUCUGGCCCAGGUUUCAAGCAUUUCAGAGGUUCUAUUAAGGGAUCAGAUGAAGGUGGCAUUCUUUGGACGAACCAGUAAUGGAAAGAGCACUACAGUAAACGCCAUGCUACAAGAUAAGAUCUUACCAAUGGGUAUUGGCCAUACUACAAACUGUUUUCUCAGUGUACAUGGUUCAGAUUUACCGGAUCCAUAUAUCAUGGUUCCAGAGAGUAAUGACAAAAAGAAUGUGAAGUCACUAGGUCAACUUGCCCAUGCCUUGUGUGAAGAAAAGCUUGAUGCUAGUAGUCUUGUUCAAGUCUUCUGGCCAAAGUCCAGAUGUAAAAUGUUGUCAGAGGAUGUUGUUUUGGUGGAUAG